AUGGGCCAAACAUCGAAUACAUCAUCGUCGUCAUCUAAUUUUAAUGCCUAUAAUCAUGAUCAAAUAAAUAGCUCAUCAUCCUCUCACUAUGAACAUAAUAUUGCAAACACUUCGUCGUUUUAUCCAAAUGCCUAUGAGCACUAUAAUAAUGUAAAUACUUUACCGUCACAUUAUCCUGGCCCUUAUGAAUAUGAUAGUGUUAAGUCAACUUAUAUUAAUAUCCAAAGCUUUAGCGAUAUGUUGGCUGGAUCGGAUGUUGAGGCUCAAUCAGAAGAUAAUGAGUAUGAAGAUAAUGAGUAUGAAGAUAGUGAAUACGAAUAUAGUGAAAAUGAGGAAGAAGGAAAAAAUAAUUUAUUAGCACUUUAUGAAGGAAUAAAGUUUAAUACAUGGAAACUUGCCGAAUUAUACCUUACCGAUUAUGCAAAGCAAGAGAGACGGCGAAUAUAUGAAUGUUCACAUGCUCAGAUAUGUGAACCUGAAAAGGCUGUUCUGGCAGAAGAUAGGAGAGACAGAGAUUCUAAAAUGAUCGAUUAUCCUUGGUACAUUAAUUUGGCAUUUCCUAAAACAGAAAAAGAUGUUCAUAUUAAUAGUAUUUUAGGGAAGUACAAUCACAAAAUGAAUAUGCUUGUUACUGAGACAACACCAAAAUAUCAAAAGCUAAUAUAUGAAAUAUCUGAAAAAGUCAAAUUUUUGGACUAUUCAUGGAAAAUUAGGCUUACCAACCCAAUAUAA